UAGUGUACUUUGAAUUUCCGUCAUUUAUAUUACGAUUUUCUCGAUUUUAUUCAAUCUUAAUCGAUUCGAUUGCUGCGAGAAGCAAACGUUACCCAAGCGGAACCUCAUAUAUACGGCGUAUGUACUCGAAGUGCGGGCAUUUCGAAAGCGCACUCGCUAGCUCACCGUUCGCCGACAAUCACCAGCUCUCCCGCGAGUGAGAGACGCGGAGGAGGCAUCCCCGUGUUCCGCUCACGCGAGCGGCGCCGCGAGUAAGCCGUGAGCCGCCUAUCAGUCGGCCGUGAGCCGUGAAGUGUGCCGCGAGUGGUGGGUAAGUUGCGCGCGAUCGAUGUGCAAACGCACCCGCCCGUCGCUCUCUCGCCGUGUUUCACGUAGUACUACGGUGCACGAGCAAUCGAUCAUCGUGGGGAGAGACGCCGAAACAAUAAUUUCGAGUGGAAGCGUUAUUUAUGUAUUUCACCGUGCGAGUUCUCGUAAACGUGAAGCGUUCGAGAAGUAGAGGAGAACGCGCGAUUGCACGACGAUUAUUACAGUCAUCCAUGUGACGAGCCGCGCGAACGCGUCGAUUCGAUACUCGAGAUUCUGCGUCGGCGACAGGAGCCCGCCGCCGAACGGGAGCAGGAGGAAGACAGAGGGUAAACGACGACGGCGAGAAGGAAACGAAGAGGAAGAGAGGGAGAGCCGCGAUCGAUGCUCACGUGACGAUCGACAACGCGGAGUGAAGUUGUCGCGAAAGGGUGCGCGGACAACGGCCAUAUUCAAGGCGAGCCGUCAUCGCCCCGGUUGCGCGGGUGAAAACAGUCCCACGACCAUCCACCGGGACAGCCCGACGCGGCAAUACGCGACGCGGGCGUGCGACGUGCGGGGACGGGGACGGAAACGUCACACACACGCACGCACGCACGUAGCUACGAUUCCAUCAUCGAGAUGGAGUUCAAGUUCAACGUAAAUAAACUCUUGCCCAGGAAGAUCAACAAGGUCACGCACAACCUGACGCCGGAAGACUUCAAGGGUGAUCGGCGCGAGCUAAACGAAUGCCAGAGACUACUGAGCAGGAUACUGGACGACAUGGGCGAGGCGUCGGCGAGGGCUCAAGGACUCAACAAGCCCAUCACCAGCGCCCUUAAGCUCCGAGACACGGAUCACACGAUUUACCUGCUCGUGGACAACGAAGCGAACAACGGACUAGGCAGCGUGGUCGGCCUGCUGAAGACGGGCUCGAAGAAUCUGUUUCUGUUCGACGAGACGGGCGAGCAUUACCAGUUGCAGGCGAGAUGCAUCCUGGACUUUUACGUGCACGAGUCGCGGCAGCGUAUGGGCCUGGGCAACAUUCUCUAUCAGCAUAUGUUAUCCGAGGAGAACAUCAGGCCAGUGAAAUUAGCGAUCGACCGGCCAUCGGAGAAAUUCUUGGCCUUCCUUCAUAAAUACUACAGGCUCUCGAAGAUCAUUCCACAAAAUAAUAAAUUCGUCGUUUUCGAAGGAUUCUUCGAUGACGAGAACCGGGACGUGAGGAGCAACAGAUACAGCCUACCUCCAAGAACGAGCCUGGACGACGGCACGUCGGGCAACAAUAACAAUAACGGGAGGAACGGUGCUAGCCUCAACGGGGUCCCGUAUGCGGCAUCCGUUUCGCGUAGCUUCGGCAGAUACGCCGCGGCACGACCGCCCUGUUCCAUGGCAAACAUAAUCCAUAAUACAGCGAUGCUUGACCAAUCGGCUCAACGUACCGGCGGCGAGAGUAGCAGCGCACAACGCCCAGAGUCGCCGCCACCGUUGCUGAAGCUGGGACGCCCAGAGUCGCCGCCGCCGUCGCUGAAGUUGGAACGGCCACGUUCGUUGAGCCUCUACUCCGAGGAGGAGCAGAAGCAGCGCAGCCUCGAGAUGAAUACCGUCCCGACGCCGGUAGUGCCCGACAAUCAGACGAAGCCUUUCGUCCCCAUCAUGCUGGAAGCCGAGAAGACGGAGAAGAAUGUGAAACCGUCGCCUUCAUGCGCUCAGGAAGUCACCACCGGCGCCAAUCAGCACGGGCACCUGGACCUCAAGUUUUACCACUCGCCCUUGUGGUGAAGCGACAUCCUAGCUGACAGCUAGUCAUCUUCUUCCCCCGUCAGCGGGGGGCGGGAAGAAGAACUGUCCGCUUCGGGACAGACCGGACCAAUCUGAGUUGGCGCCAAUCCCGGACGAAUUCCAUCUACUUCCUCCCAUAUCGAUUAUAGAGGAAGAACGAAGAGGGGAUCUCAGUCGUUGACUCGGAAUUAAGACGCUGCGGUCCGCGGAAGAUCUUGAACUUGCGCGCCUUCACGCGCACCUGCGAUCCGGUUAAACGAAAAUUAAGCCAGAGUGUCUCAACGCUCUCUCUCUCUCCUGACGCUGUUUUUGCUGUUGUGCACACUCAUAGAUGUAAAACGAUAUGUAUUGCGGAUAGUUCUAGAUUAUCCCGUUGUCGUGGGACCUCACUUAACGCGUACACGUAGCGUAAACCUCUUACGGCUUUUGCAGUCUUGUGCAGGUGCAUCCUGAUAGAAACGCAUGGCAGUUAGUUUAGGGGACCCUGGAGUCGUCUGUUUUACCAAAUGAAAUUCAUUCCAAUCAAACUUUUUUUUGGUUGCACGAAACAACAAAUUCUUUUCCACAAUUACAAUACACGUAAAAAUGCGUGCCAAUAGACUGGACUUUAUGUUAAAAACGGAAAAAAUUUUAGAGUAAAAAAGAACACAAGACUAGUUCCUUGAUAAAGAAUUUUUCAUUCUCCGCAACCAAUGAAAGGAUCUAUUAAAAAAACUCACUCAUUCCGUCGGUGCUACAGACGACUCCAGGAUCCCUUUAAGCAUAUUACAUUAGAAUUGGCACACUAUGUAAGUAGAAUGUGGAGAUAGGUCCGUAGGCACAGGUCAGUAGGUACUUAACAUUGUCAAUCGAAGACUGUUCACCGUAUCACCAAACAGACACAGCACAGCAUACACGUCAAGCGUAAACGUCAAGAUACUCAUUCACGUUUCAGGAUGUGCAAUCCAAAUAAGGGGACAUUCUGCGGAGAUUAUAAGGACUAUUACUAUUAGAGAAACGGAUCGCUAUCAACGGUCUGCGUGGAUAAAUGUUUCGUUGGGCUAUCAGUAUUAAGUGUUACUCCGACUUAUACAGAUUGUUACCGGUCAAUAUGCAAUACAUACAUUAAGCUCAGUAAAACAAAAUAGGAUACUUACAACUGUCGCGUCAGCCUCACGAAACUUUUGUAUAAUUCGUAUUCGUAGAGAGAGCUAUUCUAAAGUACAUACAACAGGCUUAUUAUAAACGAUAUAGAGAGACAGCUAAAAUAAUAUAUACACGCAGAAAGCAAGGAUACGUAGCCUUGUCAACGAGAAAGAAAUAAAUGCACGAGG